GCCGCAGUCGGUUAGAGCGUUUGCUGCUGUCCUUCACUGGCACUGCUGCUGGGGGCCGUCGAGCUGCUUCUGCUGCUGCUGCUGCUUAGUAGCAGGGAAGCCCGCAGCAGCAGCGGCAGCGGCAAAGGGGCUCCUGGGAGCCUCUCGCGGUGCUGCUGCUGAUGAUGACCUGCUGCUGCAGCAGGAAACCCCAGCUGCUGCUGCUGCUGCUGCUGUUGCUGCUGCUGCUGCUGCUGUUCCCCUGAAGCUGCAGACGUAUUUAGAAGAGCACAAGAUAGAAGAUGGGCGCAGCCUGGCUCACGUGGCGCUGUGUCCUUCCGUGCCUCAUGAAGCAGCAGCAAAGUUUGUCUCUGCUGCUGCUGCAAUUCAAAAGAGAGAGGCGCAGCAGCUGCUGCUACAGGCCCUCAAGCAGCUCCGCCUCGCCCAGCAGCAGCUGCUGCUGCUGCAGCAGUUGCAGCAGCAGCAGCUCGACGCCCACGCGCCAGAAACAGAACAG